CUUCCUCCUAGUCUGUCAACUCCGGCUCGGAAGGUGGAUCAGCUCUUGUUGGAGUCCCAGGAGUUGGGUUAGGUAGAAAGAACGCUUUGGUUCUGUACCUGGAGUCUUCAUCCAAGAGGGAGGGGACGCUCCUGAAAGGCGGUGCUGACCGGUUUUUGGCAGUCAUGGGCCGGCCAGGUGGACCGGCCAACCCACUCCAGGUGUCGACCAUGUUGCCGAUCCUUUUGGUUGUGUUUCUGCUCUCCGGUGGAGUCUCCAGCCUUCCUCAGCCCCUGCCAAGAGUCUUCCUCUCCUUCGACGAGCUGCAGGCCGUGGCCUCCUUCGAGCAUUACACGCUGUCCGACAAGGCCAUGGACUACAGGAUCCUGCACAUGGACGAGGACCAGGACAGGAUGUACGUGGGAUGCAAGAACCACGUGCUGUCCAUGGACAUCAAUAACAUCACACAUGGCACAUUGAAGGCGUUUUGGCCGGCGUCUACCAGCAAGAUCGAGGAGUGCCAAAUGGCGGGUAAAGACCCCACGCAUGGAUGCGGCAACUUUAUCCGGGUGGUGCAGCCGUUCAACAGAACCCACUUGUUCAUGUGCGGCAGCGGCGCCUACAGUCCCGUGUGCGCCUACGUCAACAGGGGGCGCCGACCCGAGGAACAAAUAUUUCACAUUGACUCAAGGUCCGAGUCCGGAAAAGGGAGGUGCUCCUUCAACCCGCAAGUCAACACCGUGUCCAUCAUGCUUAACCAGGAGCUCUUCUCCGGCAUGUACAUCGACUUCAUGGGCACAGACGCGGCCAUCUUUAGGAGCCUCACCAAGAGGAACGCCGUGCGCACCGACCAGCACAAUUCCAAGUGGCUAAGCGAGCCGGUCUUCAUCGACGCCCACCACAUCCCCGACGGUACCGACCCCAACGACUCCAAGCUCUACUUCUUCUUCCGCGAGAGGCUGACAGACAACAGCGGCAACACCAAGAACAUCCACACCAUGGUGGCCCGAGUGUGUCCAAGCGACAUCGGGGGACAGCGCAGUCUGGUCAACAAGUGGACCACCUUCCUCAAGGCCAGGAUGGUGUGUUCCGUCCUGGAGGAGGACGGCACCGAGACUCACUUUGAUGAACUCGAAAGUGUGUUUUUGCUGGAAAGCGAUCAUCCCAAAGGCCUCUUGGUGUUCGGGGUCUUCACAUCCACAAGCUCCGUCUUCAAGGGCUCGGCGGUGUGCGUGUACAACAUGGCCGACGUCCUCACCGUCUUCAACGGGCCCUUCGCUCACAGGGACGGACCCAACUUCCAGUGGGUGGCCUUCCAGGGACGCAUCCCGUACCCAAGACCUGGGACCUGUCCCGGCGGCGCCUUCACACCGGACAUCCACACCACCAAAGAGUUCCCGGACGACGUGGUUAACUUCAUCCGCAACCACCCGGUCAUGUUUAAUGCGAUAUAUCCUAUCGGGAGGAGACCUCUGGUGGUCCGCACGGGGGCCGAUUACAAGUACACGUCGGUGGCUGUGGACCAGGUAGCGGCGGCGGAUGGAAACUACCAAGUACUGUUCUUGGGCACCGACAAAGGUACCGUCCAGAAGGUGAUCGCCCUGCCCACCAACCACUCCCUGCAUGAGGAUCUGAUCCUGGAGGAGCUGGAAGUCUUUAAGAGCCAAGCUGCGGUUACAAACUUGAGAAUCUCACCAAAAAAACAACAGCUUUACGUCAGCUCGGAGUUGGGGGUCUCUCAGGUCUCUCUGCACCGCUGUCACGCUUACGGCUCAGCCUGCGCUGACUGCUGCCUCGCCAGGGACCCCUACUGCGCCUGGGACGGCCUCAGCUGCUCCCGCUUUUACCCCAGCGGGAAAAGGAGGAGCAGGAGGCAGGACAUCAUGCAUGGAAAUCCUCUCACUCAGUGCAGAGGAUUCAACCUGAAAGCCUACAGGAACGCAGUGGAGAUGACGCAAUACGCCGUCAAAAACAACACCACCUUCCUGGAGUGUCUCCCCAAGGCCCCCCAGGCCUCCAUCCGCUGGCUCAUCCAUAGGGACAAUGACAGGAGAAAAGAGGUGAAGCUGAGCGAGCGCGUCCUCUCCACCGAUCACGGCCUCCUCGUCCGCUCGGCCCAGCCCUCAGACCAGGGCCUCUACUACUGCCUGACCACCGAGAACGGCUUCAAGCGCACCGUGGCCAAGAUCCGCCUGCGUGUGCUGAGCGAGGCCAUGGUGAGCGUGCUCACGGACAAGAAGAAUUCGCCGUGGGCCUGGUCCGGCUCCUUGCACCCUAAGGUGCUGCUGGAGGCCUUCAGCCCCGCGGAGAGUCUGGCCGUGCAGCAGUACUGCAAGGAGAGGAAGGAGCUCCAGCAGAGGCAGCCUCCCCAGGGGCCGCCGCCGGGGCCUCUCAGGGGGGACUUGGCUAAGCUCAAACCGCUGCUGGACCGCAGGAAGAGCCGCAACCGUCGCUACCACCUCCCUGAGGAGUGAGGCAGCAAACUGCUUAGUCGGGCUGUGGACGCUGAGACGAGGACGAUGCUCCCUCUCCCGGAUGGAAGGGGCUUUGGACCGACGUCCUGAGGCGGCGUGGACGUAACUUCACAGACAAGACGCUCAAAGUCAGCAAAGUGGACAAAAAAAUCCCAACUGUGGUCAGUCAGUAUGCGUCUUUUUGGACAAAAGGGAGAAACAUGAAGGGAAGAAUGGAUGCAUGUCGUAUUCCACUUGCAUUAGCUGUCAACACCUUCCACAAGCUCCCGUAUUUAUUCCUGCUUGACCAAACUGUAAUGUCCAAACGUCCCCACUAGGUAGCGGAACUGAGAAUGAGCGCGUGAGACUUGACAUAUGAGAAUGUGUGAUGUAGAUAUGUGUGUGAGUGUGUGUAAGAUUGUGUACAGCUAUUUAAAGUUGUGUAUAUAGGUUGACUUCCCACGACUGUAUCUGCAAGUCGCAGAGACGAGCUUGAGUGCAUCCUUUUGUCCGACAGCGCACGUUGAAUAAAAACUGUACGCACAGCA